UUGUCGAGCUUCGUAAUUGAUACUCGCUUGAAAGGUCUGUUACUGUUAAGAGGAGAAACAAGGAGAGCCCGCUAAAACCCCGAGAAAAGUAAAUCUCUACCCUCUGCCAGUCAAAACCCGAAGCUUGGAAGAUGAGUACUAUGAAGUUCUGCCGAGAAUGCAACAACAUUCUGUACCCUAAAGAGGACAGUGAGCAGAAGAUCCUUCUCUACGAGUGUCGCAACUGCAAUCAUCAGGAGGCUACUGAUAACAACAUUGUGUACAGAACUGAGGUACAUCAUUCUGUUGGGGAGCACACUCAAGUAUUACAGGACGUAGCUGCAGAUUCCACUCUUCCUCGCACUAAAUCUGUUAGGUGCAGCAACUGCAGCCAUGGAGAAGCUGUAUUCUUCCAGGCUACUGCUAGAGGAGAGGAGGGUAUGACGCUCUUUUUUGUCUGCUGCAACCCAAACUGUGGCCAUCGAUGGAGAGAUUAGGUUCACAAUGAAAUAUAACUCCUGAUUUUUCUGUUAUCUCACAUGUAUUUUGCUUAGAUCAUGACUGGCAUGUACCUUUUUCUAUUAAUAUUAAUGCCCCGCAGAAUUGUUUGAUCUCGUAUGUCGAUUGAUGCAAGAGGUUGUAACAUCAAUACAAUGUUUUGCUUCUACA